CUUCAAAUAUCGACCACAACAACGAUGAUAUUUUGUUUUCGCUGUUGUUGUUUUUGCAGAUGUUUUUCCAAAAAAAACAAUAAUGAAAUUUUUGGCCCAAUAAACAAUAAUUGUUAUCGAUAACACAACAAACGCGCAUCUGGAACGUAUCAAAAAAAUCUUCAAACGUCAUUGAUAAACGUCAGAAUCCAAAAAAGAACAAAAUUGUAACCAACAAAGGGUUGACAUUGAACAAUUUGUGUUUGUGUGACAAGCUUUAUGGGUGACAUUUUUUCAAAUUUCAUUUUCAAAACGUAAAACAAAACUUAAUAAAAAUAUAGAGAAUAAGAUAAUUAUUUAACGAAUGUCAAGAGCUUUGUUUAUGAAUCUUUUUAAACAAAUUUUUUUUGGUCCAAAUAUAAUCCAUUGCUGCUGUCCUUCGUUUGAAAAUUACAUUCCUUUUUUCUUGAAAUAAAAUAAAAUAAUGGCAACAAACGGAAUCGAAUCGAUUCAAAAAUCAUCAUCAGAAUUAUCAUCAUCGAAUGGUGGAUCACAACAUCGAUCACCACCACCAACAAUGGUAAAAACUAAUGGUGUUAAUGGUCAUCAUCAUAAUCAUCAUAAUGGUGGUGAUGAUCAUCAACAGCAACCAGAUUUAAUAAUGAUGACACCAUUAAAAAAAGAAUUAGAUCAUACAAUAUUACGUGUUGAACGUAUUGAUCGUAGACAAUUACAAGAUCAACAAAAUGUUCAUCAUAUUGCCGGUGGUCAACAUCAAGGAAUUAUUAUUAAUAAACAAAUUGCUCAAUCACAAUCACAACAAUUUACGAAAAAAUUUGAUUUACGUCUUGCAUUCAAAGUAUUUCUGGUCAAUGCUAUAACAAAUGUUCAUCAACAAGAAUCACGUGAAUUACGAUUCUGGUUUGAUCAUGAUCAUGAGAAUCAAGAUGAUGAUGAUCAUCAUCAUUUGAAUAAUGGUAACGGCAUCAAUGUCAAUGGCAAUGGCAACAGCAAAGAUCAAAAUUAUCUUCAAUGUGCACAAUCAUUUUUUCGUCAAUUGGUUGAUCCAAAAGAUUUUCCAAAAAAUUAUGUUGGUUUUAUAAUGAAAUUAAUGAAAACAAUGCAACAAUCAAUGUAUAGGCCAUUAAUACGUAUAGAAUUGGAAGUAAAACAAAUUGAUGAACCAUUUGAACGACCAUUAUCAUCAUCAACAUCAACAUCACAACGUUCAUCAAUGGAUUUUGAUUCAAACAAUUCGAAUACUAAUAAUAAUCAUCAUCAUCAUUAUAAUCAAUUAUUAACGGAAGAAAAAGUUCGUGAAAUGAUUGAAUCGGCUUAUCCAAAUCCACUUUCAUUACCUGAUAUUGCUGCUACAACCUGUUCAAACCCUGAAGAUGUUGAACGUUUAGUUGAUGAACUUUGUUCAAAAGGUGUUGCACGUUUAACCGAUCUUGGUCAGGUUAUUCGUGUAACUAGUGAUGAACAACAGGUGAAACGUGUUAGCCAAAUGCCUAAAGUUAUCCGUUCACAACAACCAACUGUUGCAAUAAUAACGGCACAAUUUUGUGAAAAAUUAGCUGUCGAUUCAAUGAUCGAUAAUAAAGAUACAUAUGUUCGUUAUAAAGGUGAAGGUGAUUCCAAUCAAGUUUAUACUUUGGGUAAUAUUGGACAACAUCGUGUUGUGGCUACAAAAUUACCGGCUGUUGGUAAUAGUCGUUCGGCUAUGAUUGCUGCCGGUAAUACAACUACACGACUUUUGGGUACAUUUCAACAUGUUGAAUAUGUUUUCUUGGUUGGUAUCGGUGGUGGUGUUCCACAUUAUACUGAUUAUCAACAACAUGUACGACUUGGUGAUAUUGUUGUAUCGACAUCACCAAGACGAAAUCAUUAUUCUGCAUCAUCAUCACCAAUCAACAAUUUGGCCGGUGAUAAUGGUGGACAUAAUGAUCAUGGUCAUGGUAAUAAUAAUAAUGGUCAUUCAAAUUCAAAUUCAAUGAAUAAAAAUCGUCCAAGACAAUUACCACCAACAUGUUCAGAUUUUAUCUAUGUACAUUGUGAAAAAUUACGAUCAUCACCCGAUGAACCGAUGAAUGCAUCGAAUUCAACAUGGAAAGAAUUGCAAACAGUUGAUUCAUUUAAUUAUCGUUUUUGGUGUCCAUUAUCAUUGGAAUUGCAGGAAAUUGCUCGACAAAUUUAUAAUGAAACACAACAAGAUGAUCAUAAUGAAUGUCAACCAUCAUGGGAACGAUAUAUUGAAGAAGCACGAAAUCGAUUACAAGAAAGUGAUGAUCUUGAAUUCGUGCGACCUGAUGAAAAUACUGAUAAAUUAUAUAUGUCAAUCGGUACAAAUGAUUUGAUUGAAAUGGCUCAUCCUGAACCAGAUCCACAAAAUGAAGAAAACUACCGAAAUGAUCCACGAAAACGUGGUAUGCCAAAAAUUCAUUUCGGUGCUGUUGGUUCAGGACGAUUAGCUGUUGGCAAUGAACAAUUACGACAAGAUAUUGCAUUAAAAUUCGGUAUCAAAGCAUUUGAUAUUGAAUUCGAUACUGUUAUUGAAUCAAUAUUUGGUAAUCGUAAAGAUCGUUAUAUAAUUAUUCGUGGUAUUGCUGAUUAUAAAGAUGGUUCAAGAAAAAAAGAAUGGCAACCAUAUGCAGCAUUAUCAGCUGCAGCAUAUAUGAAAGCAAUUCUUUGUCGUUUACAACCGAUGAUCUGAUGGCUAUCUUUUCUUUCUUUCUUUUUUUUUGAAUUUCAGAAUUUUUUUCCCUUCGAUAAUUUUUUUCAAACCUGCAAACAAAAACUAGUCACAUUACCAAUUUUAUUUACCUAAAAUCUACAUAUUUGCCAAUUUUUUUUCGUUUGUUUUUCGAAACUUUCUGUUUUUUUCCCAAUGAUUUUGUUUUUUUUUGAAUUUUGUUUUUCUUUUUUUGAA